AUGGUUGCCGCCGCCAAGAUCCAGGGUGCUGGUAUCGCUACCGUUGGUCUCGCUGGUGCUGGUGUUGGUAUUGGAUCUGUCUUCGGUGCCCUCAUCCAGGGUGUUGCCCGCAACCCUUCCCUAAGGGCUCAGCUCUUCCAAUACGCCGUUCUGGGUUUUGCCUUCGCCGAAGCCACAGGUCUCUUCGCUCUCAUGAUGUCUUUCCUCCUCCUCUACGUCGCAUAA